UUGAUUAACAUUUUCUAACAUGCGUGUAGUUGAAAUACAAAUGCAUUUUAUAUUAUUCUCUAACUUAUCAGUGUCCAUAGCAAUGCGCACCGGCAUACACGGAGCACGUCAAUAAUUAUGCACUUUUCAACAUUUAUGGAAUUGAUUACUCCCGUAUUUGAAUACGUUUCCUUUUGAGUAUGACUCCGCGAAAUCGGCUGCUGUCCAACGUAAUUUAUGACGUCAUUACCGGAAAUAUUGACGUUUGUCUGUGUUUCCUGUUGAAAGAUAUAAACAUUUUUAAUGGCUCUAACCGAAAUUUCAAAAUCAUGACUUCGACAGGCGUCGUCGAGUUAAGGUCAGCCAUUACAUUUUGCGUGGGAUUAGACAAAGCACCAGAUGAAACGUUUAAGAUUUUACAGAGAUCCAGUACGACCCAGAAAUGCAGUAAGGCGCUAUCUAUAAGUGGCAUCGACUGUUUCGGGAAGGAAGAUGCUCUAUAGAAGACGAUCAUCGAUGUUUUCGGCCGUCCUUAGGUGAAAUGUUCGAUUUCGAUGAAAGAUAUGUUGUACAGUGACAGGCGACACACUUUGAAAAGUUUAGCUUCUGAACUAGAUGUUUUCACUUCUUCAGUGCAUGACAUUUUGAAAACAGAGUAAGGUAUGUCUAAAAUGUGCGCGCGCUGGGUGCCGCGACUCCUUAAGAAUCACGAGCGGGAAACCAGGAUUCGCUGCUCGGAAGAGUUCGCCGACAAGUAUGAGCGUGAAAGCGAAGAAUUCUUCGACCGCAUAGUCACAACCGACGAGACUUCGUUAUGGCACUUCGACCCGGAGACGAAAUCCCUGUCCUGUAUAUGGAAAACUCCGGGGACUCCUCCCUCAAAGAAGGCAAGAGUUAAGAAAAGCGGUGGGAAACAAAUUAUCAUGUUUUUCAUUGUUCAAAAGGAAAGGCAUGGUCCUGCAGCACCAGGAUCCCGUUGGCCAGACAUUGACCGCUGCUUACUAUUUGAAGAAAUACUGCCGACUCACGAUGAAACAAAUUAUAUUGCUGACUUUGAUAUUGCAUACAAAUGAUGCUUUGGGACAGUUCUUUAAUAAAACGGUAACACUACCGGAAGCCGCUAAGAAUGAGAUAGAGGAAUGUUACAAUAUUGGAGUCAGUCAGAAUGUUCCAGCUGAGGACCUUUGGCAAGUACAGUUGGCUUGUCUUUCAGAAUAUUAUAAAAACCUCAACGCAAACAACAUUACAUCUGACAACAUGAAACCGUUUAUAGAUGCUGAGAACAACAGGUAAUAAUCAACUACUAAACUUUUAAAAAUGGCUAAUAUUGCGUGUAAUUGCAUUUAGAAACCAAUACAAUAAUUAGCAAUUAUUGUUUAUAAAAUGGGAGUUUCUUAAUUUAAAGAUAAGAUGUGUAGAGUGAAAUAGAGAGAAUAUUUUGCCAGCAAUAUAGAACAUAUAAAUCUUUGUUUUUUUUUACGCAUUUGAGGAGCAGAAGAGUGCUUAAGAAAAAAGUGUUUUCCUGUCUAGGUGUAGAGUCAUCGAGUGUCCAUCA